GUCCCCAUCUGUUGCUGUGUUUCCACAAAACAUUUAAAAUAAUAUCACAAAACAAGAACAUAACUUGUCUUUGGCUCUUGUGUACUUACUGUCUAUCUUUGUAUAAAUGUAAUGCUUCAAACUUGGAGAAAAAUCCCUUACUUUCUCAUUGUACCAGAAGAGUUGCAUUUUUAGUUGAUCUAUCCAGCAAUAGAAAAUGUCUCUGUUUUGUCUGUAGUUUCUUUAGUUCUUUGAGAGUAAAAUCAACUGCAAGAAAUCAAAAUGCCAGUGAUGUUGAAUACUUGGACCUCAUAUUACGUCUCUAGCUCUUUUGAAGUUAUCAAAUGAGAUUAUUAUGUAAUAUUAGGUGUCUCGCUCUUUUAGGCGCAAUGUCCUUUCAGCACACACAGUAAGAAGACCCAAACUUUUUUUCUUAGCUUGGAGUGAAAAUAGAAUGAAGUAUAAGCUUUAGACAUUCAACUCUGGAAUUCUCAUAUAAACUUGUUUGGAUCAAAUUCUCAUAUUUUUUGCUGAUAUCAAAAAUUAAAUUAAUUACUUACAAAAAAAUUAAUAUUUUAAAAAUAAUUAGUUAAUUCGUCGUGUUCGGUAAAUAUCUGAAAUUACCAAAACAAUAGUACUAUUUUUACCAACUACCAACCAACGCCUCUCCUUGGAAAAAAAAAAUCUGCAAACAAAAAUCCUCUCUAGUCAUCCCUUUUUCAUUUUCGACCGACAGUACGGCCCGUACUCCUCCAUAUUCUCUCUUUCGUCCUCGUACAUAUUCUUCAGAGCUCUACGAAAGAUACUUUCGACGCCCAAUCGCUGCUUUCAUCUCAAUGUCUAAAACGACCUAAAUUGCUGUUCCCAACUCCGAUUCGAUGCGCCUCACGCAACGACGGUUGCUAUUCUAUUCUUUCGUGCGAGGAUUUAGGGAUUUUUCUUUUUUCAGCGGUAGGACAAACGGCGGCGUUUGCGUUUUGGCGGUAACAUGACGUGGCAGAUAAAUCCACAUCAGCAUUACCGUUGAGUGACUGUGAUUGGUCAUUUGUUUGGCAUCUUUCGUUACCACAUAAUUUUUUUUUUUUUUGUGUAAAGAUUUAUUUACUCUUUUCGUUGCCAUAAUUUAGAUAAGCCUGUGGUGAUGGUAAAGGUUAGAUCUUUGGUUACUUGUAAGCCUUUUUUCCUAUAAUAAAUGGCUUUGACCACAACUGAAAGAUGCUGACAACGCCCUACGUAUCAAAGGAUUAACUUUCUACAAAGAUCUCAAACAACUCAAAGUAAACGAUGUUGAUUCUUGGACUAUAAGUUGCUUUCAUUAAAUGAGACUUGGACUUUGUAAAACAUUACAUAAUUGUUUCUUGUUGAUUGUGGUUGUGGUUGUUUAUACGGAAAAUCUGAACACCAACUUAAACUAGAAGAUGGUAUCGCCUGGGAUUAUGGCAGAUGGUGAUUCUAAAUCACUUAGCUUGUUCGCUUUCUUACUCUUUGUUUUGACCACCGCCACAGCAGUGGCCGGAGAUUCUCUGGACAGUGAUCGUGAGGUCUUGUUGAGCUUUAAAUCUCACCUUGAAUCUCGGAACCCAACAGAACGAGGGAAGUACAACGAAUGGGAAACAACAGAGAAGCAAGAUGUGUGUCAUUGGCCUGGGAUCACAUGUACCCCUGACAAAAGUAGAGUCACAGGGAUCAGUCUAACGGAUUCCACCAUCUCAGGUCCUCUAUUCGGCAACUUCUCUGCCUUGACGCAGCUCACAUUUCUUGAUUUAUCAAGUAACACGAUCGGAGGGUCGAUUCCAGAUGACCUGAGCCGUUGCCACAGCUUAAAGCAUCUGAAUCUUUCUAAUAACAUCAUUAGAGGGGAGCUUAGCUUAUCCGGGCUAUCGAAUCUUGAGGUUCUUGAUCUGUCCGUGAAUAAAAUUUCCGGUGAUGUUCGCUCUAGCUUCCCAUUGAUAUGCAACAGCUUGGUUGUUGCAAAUCUAUCGACAAAUAACUUCAGUGGCAGAAUAGAUGACGUCUUCAAUGAGUGUAGGUAUCUGAAGUAUGUCAACUUGAGAUACAACAGAUUCAGUGGAGAGAUAUGGUCUGGUUUUAGGAGACUGGUCAAGUUUUCAGUUUCUGGGAAUCGUCUCUCCGGUAAUAUCUCAGCUUCCAUGUUCAGGGGGAACUGCAAUUUGCAAGUGUUGGAUUUGUCUGGGAACGGUUUUGUCGGGGAGUUUCCGGGACAAGUUUCGAAUUGUCAGAACCUGAAUGUGUUGGAUCUGUGGGGAAACAACUUCACGGGAAACAUUCCAGCUGAGUUAGGAUCCAUAUCAUCUCUCAGAGGUUUGCACUUGGGGAAUAAUAUGUUUUCUCGAGACAUACCGGAAACUCUCCUGAGCUUGAGCAACUUGGUGUUUCUGGGCCUAAGCAGAAACAACUUUGGAGGAGAUGUACAGGAAAUAUUCGGGAGAUUCACUCAAGUGAAGUAUCUAGUUCUGUAUGGGAACUCGUACGUUGGAGGUAUCCAUUCUUCUAACAUCCUCACGUUACCUAAUCUUUCAAGGCUUGAUCUUAGCUACAACAACUUUUCAGGCCGGUUGCCUGCUGAAAUCUCGCAGAAUUUGACCUUCUUGAUUCUUGCUUAUAAUAACUUCAGCGGCGAUAUACCACGUGAGUAUGGGAACAUGCCGAGGCUUCAAGCACUUGAUCUCUCAUCUAACAGGCUGACUGGUUCAAUACCAGCUUCUUUUGGAAAGUUAACAUCUCUCCUGUGGCUUAUGCUUGCGAAUAACUCUCUGUCAGGAGAAAUUCCACGCGAGAUUGGAAACUGCUCGAGUCUAUUGUGGCUUAACGUGGCGAACAACCAGCUCUCUGGUGGACUCUAUCCUGAACUGACUAAUAUGGGUAGCAAUCCUACUCCAACGUUUGAAGUGAACCGGCAAAGCGAGGACUACAUAGUUGCUGGUUCCGGUGAAUGCUUGGUGAUGAAGAGAUGGAUUCCUGCAGAGUUCCCUCCUUUCAUAUUUGGAUUGGAAAGUCUUACAAAAAGGAGUUGCAGAAGCCUGUGGGACCAUGUUCGUGAAGGUAAAUGUAUAUUUCCUGUAUGCCCUCCUGGUUCUACUGUGGGUCCACUUGAUGUUUCAGGCUAUCUUCAGCUCAGUGGAAACAAGAUGUCCGGCGAGGUUCCGGCAAAUAUAUCUCAGAUGAAGAAGUUGAGUAUGCUUCACUUGGGGUUCAAUGAGUUUGAAGGGAAACUUCCUACAGAGAUUGGACAAUUGCCUCUUGUGUUUCUUAACCUGACCAGAAACAAGUUCUCAGGCCAGAUUCCUCGAGAAAUCGGAAAUAUAUAUAAUCUGCAGAAUCUUGAUCUGUCCUACAACAAUUUCUCAGGAAACUUUCCAACGAGUUUGAAUGACUUGAAUGAGAUGAGUAAGUUCAACAUCUCGUAUAACCCUUUCAUACAUGGUGUGAUACCAUCUAGGGGACAGCUUGCAACGUUUGGAAAAGACUCCUUUCUAGGAAAUACUCUGCUGCAGCUUCCUAGUUUCUUCAACCAACCAGGGAACAACAAUACGAGCUCAGGAGAACGAGAUAAUGGAAGAGAAGAGGAUGAAGAUGAUGAAUCUGCUAUAGACAUGUUGGCUUUCUGUUGGAGUACUGUUUUAUUUUAUGUGGUUGCGCUGAUAGGCACUCUAGUACUGAUAUACUUUGAUUGUCCUUGGUCUCGAGCAUGGCUCCGCCUUAUCGAUACUUUCAUGUCAUCUUUGAAAAGUAAGUUGUCUUAAAAUCGUUUCUGAUCAGUUAUCAAGGAAAAAGCUUGAAUCUUCUCUUUCUUUCUGUAAGUAUAUGUGUUUUGGAUUUAACUUGCAAGUUAUUAUUUAUUGUA